AAAGUGUCAUUGAUGAAAAUUCAUCACAGUUUGUUUCUUCGGAAACCUGCAUUACUUUGUAGCGUAUAAGUUUCUGCAACUUUUGCCCUUGCAGAACGGUCCGAAAUAGUCACUUUAGUAGUUUAAGCUUCCCCUAUGUUCUAGUCUAGUCCCGCCAAGCCGAUCCGGUUAGUGAUAAUAGUGAAAAUCCAGUGCCAUUUUCUUGAAAUUUUCUCUCGCCCUGUCACCUCCAUCCUUGAAUGAGUUAACAAAAAGUUCCUUCAUUUCUUCAUCAUUUUGCGACCGACCGAAGAAGAAAACUAAAACAAAUAUCAACACAGAAGGGGGUGGUCGAUUCGAGUGUGACUGAAACCAGUUGCAGCGCGCUUAUCGAAACAAACCAAUUAAUAAUGGGUCUAUUGUUUUGAGUAAAUUCCGUUCGCUCGAUAAUCACACAAAAAGUUCUGCCGCCACACGAAUUGCACAAGCAAGAGCCGAGAACACAGACUUUCUUCUGUUUUCGAUUGGGCAUUCGGUGCGCGAGGAGUUGAACAUGUUUUGCAACGCCGCCAGUGGCAACUUGGGGCUGGAUUGAGAAAGCUUGUAUUUCUUAUUCGAGGGAGGUCGCCGAGCGCUGAGCGACAAUGUUCGCCUCGUUGAAGAACAAGAUCAAGGAGGAGACGGGCAGCGACGUGAGCUCGAUGCCGUCGAGGAGUACGUCCCAGGGUGGGUUGACGGCUGCCCAGCGAUAUCAGCGGAGUAGACCGGAGUCGUUGAACAGCAUGGACGAGCUGAGCCUGCUGGAGCAGAAGGAAGCGGAACUGCACGCGACCCGGCUUCAGCUGCAGGAACUGAUCUCGCAGUACAACGAGCUGCGCGAUCAAACGCGUGCCAUGGAAGAUGAGAAGGUUAAGCUGGAAGAGGCUAACAAGCUGUUGGAGGAGUCGAUGAAGGUUGCCCAGGUGCAGAAGGACUUGAUACGUGAGGAGCACGACAAAAUUCAGAACCUGCAGCUGCAGGAGAUCUCGAAACUUAGGAGUAUGCUACUGUUCCGAGAACAGGAAGCUGUCGAUCGGAUCUCACACCAGAAGACGGCAGAGCAACAGGUUGAGACGCUGAAGCAGGAGCUAAGCCGACUUCGGGGGAUUGAGUCAAUGAUGGAGAAUUUUCAGGAUGAUCUCGCCAACCUGCGUCACUCGUCAACGAUCGAGCGGAACAACCUCCGGUCGACGCUGGCCGCCGCCGAAGAGGAGAACCGCCACCUCAAGAGCCGCAUCCAAGUUCUGGAGGAAAGCCGCGCCCUUCUCACCUCCGGCAGUACCGACGACCAGGUACAGUCCCUUCUCCAGGAGCGCAAAAUGCUCGAACAACGUCUCGAAGAAGCCCACCUGCACCUCUCCGACAUCAAGAGCAGCUGGAGCGGCCAGAACCUGGCCCUGGAAACCCAGGUCAACCGGCUGUCCCACCAGGUCGCCGAGGAAACCAAAGAAAAGUACCAAGCUCUCCGUCUUCGCGACGAGCUCGCCGAGCGUAGCAAGCAGCUAGAUUUCGAGCUCGAAAAGUCCCGCAACGAGGUCACCCAGCGGGACAACAAGAUAAAACUAAUGGGCGAAGAAAUUGACGAACUGAACUCGGCCCUUCGGGAGGCACGCGAGCAGCACGAGGAGGAAGUGACGUUCAUGAACAGCAAACUCGAACACCUGCAGGUGGAACUGAACAGCAUCAAAACCAACCUCACCGAAACGGAGAACCGGCUGCUGGACUCGCUCGAGGGCUCGGACCGCUCGCUAACCGCAUACAAGUCCCAGAUGCUGCAGCAGGACGAAAGCAUCAAGGAGCUUACGGGUCAGCUGGCAAUAGAAAACCAGGAAAAACUUACGAUCCUGAUGAAAAACGCGGAGAUAUCACAAAAGGAGGAGAUUCUGCGGCAGGAGCUUCGACAGGAGCGCGACGAGGCGCAGGAAUUGCACGAACGGGUCGGUUUGCUGCAGCGCGAGUUGGACAAAAGAUUAAACACCGUAAAUGAGCUUCGCAAGCAGAUCGACGAACUGAUGAGCACAAAUCUUGAGCAGAAUGCCAAGCUGGCUUCCCUAGAUAGUUUACACGUGGAAUUAGUUGAUAAGAAUAAGAUCAUAAAGAUUCUCAACCAGAGACUGGUGGACAUGAAGAAGACCCUUGCAGAAGAGAUCAACAACAAUAACAAUGGUACGCAGCCAACGAACCAUUCGGAUCGAAUCUUGGAACGUUCAAAUUCGAGGGAAAAGCAAGAAAUGGUUGGCAAUAAGCAGCAAAAUGGCUCCGCCAUUAGCCAUAAUGUCAGCAGCAUGACCACAAUAAAUCUGCACGCCAGUCACAAUGGAACGCAGAAAAGUUCACCCAACCCUGCUAGUGGUACGAUCGUAAUGGACGAAGUCAACUUUCGAUACUUGAAACAUGUGAUAAUAAAGUUUCUCACCAGUCGUGAGGUCGAAGCCAAACAUCUGAUCAAAGCGGUGUCGGCGCUGCUAAAGCUGAGCUUCGAAGAGGAGAAACUGCUGCAAGACACGCUAACGCGAAAGAUAAGCUGGUUCGGUAGCCGGCCUGGCCAACAACACUCCCAGAAUGCCCUCUCAACGAUACCACCAAACAGCUAAGUUAGCUGCCCCCUCCCUCCUCCGGGAAACAACACAUCACAUAUUACAACAACCGCUUAAGGCUUGAAAAAAACACACACAAAAAUGAAGUUAAAUAGCUGAACCGCAACUCU